AUGUUAGAACAGGUUUUAAUACCAGAAUUAGAUCAAGACAAGAUUUUACGCUUUAGCGGCUUGAUGGUGCGACGACCUCGGAAUCCGCCGCGUUCGGAAUACGAGAAGAAAGAUGGUUGGAAGUGCAUAUCCCGCAAGAAGAUUCUGAUAGGAAGUGCGGAAAAGAUGUUGUCUGUGCCCGAAGAUGUAGUCUCUUUGCAAGGGAAUAAUAAUAUGGCGAUGGAUUGGAGUUGCAAUAACAUGUUGGCCGUGUCCAAUAAUGAUCGCCUGAUUGUAUAUGAUAAUGAUGGUGAAAAGGUAUCAUCCAGUGUCAUCCGAUGUAAGUCGAUAACUUAUAAUAACAAUCAAAUCACCGACAUUAAAUGGGCCAGUGACGGCAAUAAAUUGAUAAUGUCCGUCCUCUUUCCUGAAAACGACACUUCAAUGCUCGUGAUGUACGAUUUGAAAAAGCAAAAAAUCUUGUGGGACGUCAUGUGUAAAUGUCGAUUGGAAGAAAAAGGCUGUGUUAUGCGUUGCGUUUGCUGGUCAGCUUACGAUCGUCAAAUCGUCACCGGAUGUGCCGGCAAAAUAUCAAUAUUCGACCCUGACACGGGUAUAUUGCUGCACACCAGGCUCGAGCUUACGAGAGCUGAGAUCCUGAAUCUAAGUUUCUCGCCAAAUUACAAGUAUCUUGUAUCGACCGGGGAGGACAAAAUCGUCCGAUUAUUUUCCUGGUCGGAAUUGACUCCUUUUUUCAAUAUCAGAUUCUUUAAACCUGUAAAGGCGGUCGCUUGGCACCCGCAAGUACCCGACUUGCUUUGUAUAGGUGGAAGGAAGAACGGAUCGCUAUCAUUAUGGAAUGUCAACAAGUGUGCGAUGACAGCCUUUGUGCGUGCCAAAUUCAAUGGUCGCGUGGAAAAUCUCGCUUGGAAUAAGUUAAGUGGUGAGUUGGUCGUACAUUGGACUUACAAAGAAGAGGACAAUAUAUACACCAUUGUCGCAGUGCUCGCCAGUUUUAAUCGGAUUGUCGACGUGCUGCCAUUGGAUAAAGAAAUACGGCUUUGCUUCUUGAAGUUCAAUGCCGCGCACGAGCAACUAAUGAUACAGCAAUGGGCCACAAUGGCGGACGUCCUUGAUUCUGAUGAUAGUGAUCAAGACUCCUCGCCUCAGCCCUGUCCCUUCCAGAAUAACUCCUCGCCUGAUUGGGCUGCGACGGAACUGGAUUGCAGGACCGGUCGCGCAGUCACGUGUCGAUGA